CUAAGGUAAUGAUGAAAGGGCGGCCAUUAAAGUCGCGCUUCUCUCUUUGGAAAGCUCUUUAGGCAAUGCCAGCACAUGUAGAGGGGCGGUUCAGCAGAACCUGAUCCGUCUCGAAGAGCGUUCCGUUUCUACGAGAGGAGGAGGUUAAUUGAGGGGUUAGAUGCUGUCAUGAUCAGGAUUAUGCGACACGUUGAGUAAUAAUGCAGUAGGUCUCUCCCAGCGCUUCCGUUUACAUUACCAAUACAUCCAGCGGCACUGGAUUCUCACCGCCAACUAGGAAGAGUAUCUCAUUUAAAGGAGACUGGUGAGAUUUCUGACACCUGUCAUGUGAGUGGGGUUUAGGGUUGCUGCAGAGAAGGUGAAUAUUGAGGCAAAGUUUUGACAAUUCAGAACAGAGACCCCAACAGUUCUUCUCUGUCGGGGAUUUUCUUAUUUAUUCAUUUUUCACUUUUAUUUCCUUUCCAUGCUCUUUUACUUCUCUUCUUUCUCCUCUGCAAAUUUUGAUGCAACUCUUAGUCUGUCUACACCCGCUUCUCCUCUAUCUUUCCCAUCCCUCUGUCUUUCAGUUUCGUUUCUCACUUAACUUCUCACCCCUUUUUUCUCUCCCUCAAACACUCUCUCUUUUGUAAGAAAGAGAGUGCUGAAAAAUAUAUAAGCCAUGGAAAGUGAUCAGUUAAGGUCUGCAACAGAAGAUCAGAUGGAAAUGAUGAAGCUGAUGGAAAAGCUUCCCGAGUUCUACGAUUCCUAUAACGAUGUUGCUAGUCAUUUACCCCCAACAGAGUUUCUUGCUGCAAGUGCAAGUAAUAUCUCCAUCUCGCAUUUCAACACUGAUAACCCACGCAAUGCUAGCUCACCUCCAUUUAUGACCCUACAAUCCACUUUAUCUUCUAAUAGUAACAGCACCCCGAUCCAAGACCAAUCCCCGCAAGAUUUCUUUCCCAGUCCCUCUUCGUCAAGAUGGAGAGGUCUUGGUGAAUUACCGGAGGCAAAUGAUUAUGCUACACCGUCACAAAAGAAGAAUUCAAUGGCAACAAUGAGGGAGAUGAUAUUUCGAAUUGCAGCCAUGCACCCAAUUCAAAUAGACCCAGAAUCAGUGAAGCCACCAAAACGUAGGAACGUGAAGAUAUCAAAAGAUCCGCAAAGCGUUGCUGCACGCCAUAGAAGAGAACGGAUAAGUGAGAGAAUAAGGAUACUUCAAAGACUAGUGCCUGGAGGGACUAAAAUGGACACUGCCUCUAUGUUAGAUGAGGCAAUUCAUUAUGUUAAGUUCUUGAAGACUCAAGUGCAGUCACUGGAGAGAGCUCAGUCUAAGAGGCCAACAACAACAACUGGGAUUGGAUUUCCCGUGGCAAAGUCUAGUGGGAGUUACCUUCCAAUGGGAAAAGGAUAUCACCAACCGCCUGCUUGUCGUCGUCAAAAUGUUCAGAAUUAUGGUGAUGCUCUUAGCUCAUGAAGGGAGUGGUGAGCUGGAUUUUUAAAUGCAUUUUUCUAGUGAGUAGUGAUAUCAUUAGCUAGUGGGGUUGUAAGGAGCUGUCUUUUAUGCAUGGCUUGUUCUAUCUUCAAAUCUUUAGGCCCUGUGAUCCUUGUUGUAUUGACAUCAAUAAUUACAAUCUCUGAAUGCAAUGUACAAAUGCUCAAAAUCUUAGGUGAACAUGUCAAUCUUUGUCUUAGU